AUUCGAUUACGAAUCGAGAGCAUCGAGAGUUUGGAAUCGUUUUGCAUAAAUUCGCAACACUUCCGGCUUGUAGAAAUACUAAAAUAAUAAGGGUUUUCCUAAUUUUCCUAAGGUUGCGUAAAAUAUCAUUUACAAAGCGUGCAUGAUAUUUUUUGAAAUAAAGAUCAGUGUUAUAUUCACGUGGACUAAAAAUGUCGAAAAUUUUUACUCCAACUAAUCAAAUAAGGUUAACUAAUGUUGCCGUAGUUCGUAUGAAAAAAACAGGAAAACGAUUUGAGAUUGCUUGUUAUAGGAACAAGGUUAUUUCAUGGAGGAAUAAAUUAGAAAAAGAUAUUGAUGAAGUUUUACAGACCCACACAGUAUUUAUAAAUGUUUCAAAAGGUCAGGUAGCAAAGAAAGAAGAUCUUAUAAAGGCUUUUGGUACAGAUAACCAGACAGAAAUUUGUAAAGAAAUUCUUACAAAGGGAGAACUUCAAGUUUCUGACAAAGAAAGGCAUUCAGCUUUAGAUUCCAUGUUUAAAGAUAUUGCAACAACUGUUGCCGACAAAUGCGUUAAUCCAGAAACUAAACGUCCAUAUCCAGUAACUAUGAUAGAGAAAGCUAUGAAAGAUGUGCAUUAUUCUGUAAAACCAAAUCGAAGCGCAAAACAACAAGCUCUAGAUGUGAUUCCACAAUUAAAAGCUGUAAUGCCUCUAGAGAGAGCUCAAAUGAGGCUGAGGGUUUUGGUUUCAGGCAAGGAGGCCAGAAAGUUAAGACAAAAAAUAACACAUUUGAUAACAAAAGUAGAAACAGAAGAAUGGGAUAAUGGAACUUUAGACUUAGUUUGUUUAAUCGAUCCUGGUCAUUACAGAGAAAUAAAUGAACUGGUUAGUUCCGAAACUAAAGGUUCCGGAUUAUUGGAAUUACUUAACUUAAAAGAAAUUGUCGAAGGGGACGAAAUUUUAGAAUGAAUAAUGAAUGUUCCUCCCGUUCAUAAUUUGUUGAUCCCUCGGUACAAUUAAAUGCAGCAUUAACUUUUAUAAGUUUUAUUGCUAUACAUUUAUUUACAUAAUAAUUUUUCAUUCAUGAAUAUUUUUCUAUCAUACAUAGGCAUAAAUGCAGUACAAAAUGUUAAAUUUCUAUUCAAUAAAUUAUUAUCCUGUGCAUAAACAGCAUAACUGUAAAUCAUUUAUAAAACAUCUUUAGAUGUGUCAUUAAUAAAUCAGCGAAUGUAGAAA